AUGGCUGUGAACUUCCAAGACCCCGAAAGCGGGUUCCGCCACAGCGAUGUGAUUUUGUUCAUCAACCAAGAGGUGAUCAAUAAUGGUGGUGGCCCAGAAUUCUAUCUGGCCUUCCGCUCACAGCCCUGGGAGGAGAUAGAAGACUGCCUGCAGUUGAUCCUGACUGACCCUCAUGUGCCGCGCUCCUUCAAGAGAGCCUGUGCCUGGAAUGCACUGGCCCUGAGUGUGCGCAUGGCCACGAGGCAGCGGGAGCAAAUGGAGGAGCGUGAUGCGGCUUUGUCAGCGCUGGCCUCCGAGCUGCAGCAACUGCGUGAAGAGCAUGAGGAUGUGGUCUGGCAGCUGCAGUGUGUGAAAGAAGACCUCCAUGAUGUGCUGGAUGAGCGCAACAUGCUGCAUUGGCAGUUGCUUCAGGUCCAAAGGUUGGCCCAGGCUCGGGCCGAUCCACCGCCCCAGGAAGAAAACAGAUCACAAGCCGUAAUCACCAAAGUGGAAGCAGUGACAGGAGCUUCAGUCCCACCUGGCCAGCAGUUGGCUGCAGCAGAAUCCCAGGAAGAAACUGGCCAGAGUCAGGAUCAGAAGAGCCAAGGCCAGAGAGAAGCUCUUGUAUGGCCUGUUGGUAUGCCCCCCAUGAUUGACCAGACUAAUUAUGACCUAAAGGGAGUUCCUGCCACAGAUUUCUUCAGAAGUGCCUCUAGGUACAACCGGAAGAAAGGAGGCCCAAAGCAGCAACAAUCUCAGGGGCAGGUAGUCGAACCACCAACAGCUCCAGGUACUUCAGCUGAUGCUGAUGAAGCUCCAGCUUCCAAUGUGUGAAUCCUCACGACAUAACCUUCUGGCUUUUGGCAGCCAUCACCUCAGCGAGACCUCAACUGGCUAGAGCUAAGAAGAGUGUGAAGGAAUCAUAGAGAACGAGCUGUUUGGGCACAUACUUUAGAAUAAGGGAGAGCACAUAUAUGUUGUUAGAAUUUAUAUAUCUUGUUAGAAUUUAACUCUGCUGGAGAAAAUAGUUUGAUAUAAAGAGUUCAAAGGAGGGUGGGAGAAUAGUGUUAAAUUUUAGAGAUUAUAGCAAGUUUCUUGAAUUUUUUUCAUUGGCUUACUGAAGAAAUAGUUAUUGAUGUUAAGAACUACACUGAUAUGUUAUUAUCUGGGACACACAUUAUAGUCCAAUUGGGUGAAUGUGUUUAGAUGACAGGAGAGAGGCUAAGCUGAGAUACAGUGUAGGUUAGGGGUGUCUUAUUCGCCUUGCAUGUAGUGUGGCCUUCUGAUAAUCCAGUUAAACUACCAUCAGGAUCUAUUUCAGUGAUUCUGGGGGCAGCAUCAAAGAUACUUUCAUGAAAGUCCUUGAGUGACACAAUUGCUCAUCACAUUAGUCCCAGUAGAGAUGAAUGAGCAGUGACAAAGACCAGGAGCUCAAAAAAGUGCAGGCAGGGCUUUUCUGAUCCCCUACAGAUUUCCUUCCUUGAGAGGGACAACUCUUUUCCUGGUUGCCUACCAGCCUGCCUGAAAGACCAUUUCUUGAAGAAAGACAGUGCUUACGGGCAUACUGGCUGCACCCUCCAACCCUCAGCCUUAAGCUGCCCCCACCCCUAGUUCCACUCCAGUCAGCAGUGGAUGAAGCACAAAACGAAUUCCAGGGCCUAACAUUAGGGCCACUGGGCUAUAUGGAUGGUGCUUUUCUUGGGAAUGCUAAUUGUAUUAAAAAUAGGACUGGGCUAAAAAUGCCUCUGAAUCCAUCUCUUCCACUUAGGGUGUUCUCUGUAGACUCUGCUCCCCCAAGGCAGUUGUUGUAAGAUAAGGAGAGAGCCAGGGUAGAGUCCAGGGGUGGUACAUUGGACCAUCCUCCAGUUUGAGCAAAAGGUAUCCUCAAGUUCCUCCAGGAGAUACUGCUCAGCUCACCAAGAUGAAC